CUUCCCACGGACAUCUAGCUUCCUCCCCAGCAAACGGCAGCAGAAGAUUUCUACAACUCCCGGCGGCAGCAAUAUUAGGCAGCGACCUCCCGAACAUACUCUGUAAGUAUCUUCUUCUUCUUCAACUGUACCCAUUUGCUUCUUUCGAGUUCCAUCACAUUGUUCUUUGACUUGUUGCCCUGUUCCCUCUCUCUCUCGAACUCAUCUCGAUCUCCUCUCUCUUUCCUGCAUUUUCAAAACCCCAACUCUGCAUCUCCAGAUGCAUCUUCCAUUUUCCCCUGUUAGAGAGUGGUAUAAGAUCCGGCAUAACCUUCUCCCAACAAGUCGAGUUAUUAGGAGCAACUGGUUCUUGACAUGGUUCUCUUCGAAGGAACCCAUCAAAGAUUCAAUGCCACUCUGUUCACUGUCCCUGCUGACAAAGGAUUUUUCCCUCGACAACCCGAGCUUCACAGAUCUCCCCUGUUCAAUCCCCUGUUCUUCCUUAAACCAGUACAUCUCCCUCACUCUGUUUGUGAGGCUCCACUAAUCAACCGUUAAUUGUGUUAUUAGAAUGGGGUUGUAAAUUAGAGUGGGACUUGCCGUCAGAAAAAAGAUGGGCCCAUGGUUAAACUCAUUCAUCACUUGCCUCCACCUUGGCAGCUACAUUUAUAUGUGUUAUAAUGUGUGCAUUUGGGCAUGCUUCGCCUCCAUAUUUGACGAGGCAUUCGAUGACUCGUAUGUGAAAGCAUGAGGUGUAGAUUUUUGGGUUCACUUGACAUGAAUUAUCACACCAUUUCACGAGUCUAUAAAUAAGGGGCUGAAAUGAGUGACUGAAAAAUGAGCACUUCACCUGUCAUCUCUAGCUCUUUUAGUAAUCUCGAAAAAGUUCUUAAACACUAUAGUUCUUCAAUCCUUCAAAGUCUGUGGCUAGCACCGUUUUCCAAAGUUCCUGUUGGAUACUAAUAGUGGAAUUGGCUACAACUGUUGUGGACAACUCUUUGAUCCUAGAACUCUUACCUUCUAUUUUGCAUCAUUCUAAAAGGUUGGAAUUUUAAACUCUGAUUCUUAAUACCUCACACAGAUCAUGAUGGGUUUUGGUUUGUUUCUAGGGAUGACAAUGAAUCGGGUGCGGAUAGUGCAUAUCCGUCACCCUACCCAUAAUAGUUCGGGUUUUACCCAUACCCAUUAGACGGGUAGAAAAUCACACUUGUCUCCAUCUUGCAGGGCCCAUAUACACUCGCUAGCUCCAAAAAUGGGCCAUCAAUUCACGCGAGCCCACCUUCUCCUCGUACUGAUAAUCGCAUCCGCGGUUGCCUCACGCGCUCACAAGCUCAAAUCCGCCACGUUCCUGUCGCCGGAGCUCGUCCUCGCCCCCGGCUCGGUGACCAACACUUUCCACUACAACGUCGGCUUCCCGACCGGCCACAUCGGACUCAAGAGCUUCCACGUCGAGCCCGUCGACUCCGGCCGCCCGAUCCCGCUCUACGACACGUAUCUCCACCACUGGGCUAUCAACCGAUACGUAAUCCCCAAGGGUGGGAGUAAAUCGUCAUCCUCCUCCUCCGACGGCGAGUCGGCCAAGUUCGUGCGCAACGACGGGAUAUGUCAGGGAAACAUUCUGGGCCAGCACUACGGCUCCGGAUCCGAGACCAGGAGGACGGCGACGUUUCUCCCCGAUCCCUACGCGAUCGAAAUCGGGAAUCCGGAGGAGGGUUUCGAGGAGAGGUGGAUGCUCGGGAUCCACGCGAUUGACACGAGAGGGGUUGUGGAUGGACAGGGAUGCAUGGAGUGUUUGUGUGAAUUGUACAAUGUGACCAUCGGCGGUGGGUACCAUGGUGGAUUGAAGUGCUGUGAGGACGGCGAUCAGUGUAGGGUGAAACUAGGGUUUCAGGGUAGGAAAAGGAGCGUGUAUUUGAGGUAUACCGUGAAAUGGGUUGAUUGGGUGGAUGGUGAGUUUCUCCCUGUCAAGGUGUUCAUCGCUGAUGUUACUGAUACUGGGGAGAGGGAUAUGACAGAAACUACUGGUUGCCAGGUUGAGUAUGAGGUUGAGCCGUGCAGCAAUGGUGAUGAUGAUUGGUGCGUUGAUGUGAAGAGAUUAAAUUUCACUCUGCCUGCGUCUGGUUAUGUCGUCUAUGGUGUCGGCCACCAGCAUUCUGGAGCAUUGGGUCAGGCUGUCUAUCGCCAGAAUGGAGAAGUGAUAUGCAAGUCAGUCCCGAUUUACGGAACAGGACACGAGGCUGGAAACGAGGCCGGCUUCGUGGUAGGGAUGAGCACCUGCUACCCUGAACCAGGGUCAGUGAAGGUAACGGCUGGCGAAAAGCUCAUUCUGGAAACUAACUAUUCAAGUAGUGGGGCAAGGGGCCACUUCGGAGUUAUGGGCCUCUUCCACAUCUUCAUUGCUGACCAACUACCACAACCACCAAAACCAACCAUGGCUACUACCUUCUUCCAUCGUUCGAUUUCUGCAGCUCAUGUGUUCGGUGGAUUUAGUGCAGAGUCCUGGACAAUCCUUGCUGUGUCAGGAUUAGCGGCGCUUCUUGUUGGUGUCGUUGGCUUCAGCAUCUGGUUAAAUAAGCAGAGGGGGACGGAAGAUGGCUACCAAGUCAUAAUGGCAAUUGGCAUGAGCUUAGUAUGAUAGUCUGUUCCAGUUUUCUGUUGUAGUGUUCCGAAUAAAAUGAAAUUAGACCUAAAAACAUGUUUAGUUAAGUUGUAAGUUUACUGUUGUGGAUCUUUGUGGCAAUAGAUUGCUACGACCACAGAUCUAAAUCAAGAAAAGCCACAAUGUUUGGCUUCCAUGAAGUUUUGGUGUCUGAUUGUGUGUGUGUGCUCUUUAAUAAUGAAAAUUUUCAAUCAAAUUUGCUGCUUUCCAAGCUUUCGUCGUUGAAACCUCGAUAUAAAACGAUUUGAAAGGACAAAAUGUGACCGGAGUAAUGAGGCCGGCCGGCUACGUGGUAGGGAUGAGCACCAUUUACCCUGACCAGGCUCGUUGAAGCUAAAAAUAACAUCACAAUAUUGAGCCUGUAUCUUCGAUAAAGGGGGCUAAUAAUC